AUGCCUCAGUGGACCUACAUCGUUUACAGUAUAAAACGCCUUAUGCCCUGCAAUCCUGCCUUCACAACUGUCAAGGUUCUUUGUCUCUCAGGAGCUACCGCCCCGGAAACUACGUUCAACAUGGUCUCGCAAGAAAGCAUCCGGCGGCCUAAUCCGACAUUGUCGGACAGCGUUUUCAAAAUGUUCCAAAUGCAUGGCAAGGUAGUGAUCAUCACAGGUGGCACUGGUGGAAUUGGCUACCAGAUUGCUCGUGGCCUGGCGGAAGCCGGUGCCAACAUUGCUAUUUGGUUUCACAAGUCUUCGCAAGGCGAGCAAUUAGCAGCGUCACUGGAGAAAGACUUUGGUGUCAAGGCAAAGGCGUACAAGUGCUCUGUGCAAAACUUCGACGAGGUUCAAGCAGCAACUGACGCUGUGGUGCGUGACUUUGGCCGGCUGGAUGUCAUGGUUGCGAACGCGGGCAUCCCAUCAAAAGCAGGCGCUUUGGACGAUAACUUGGAAGACUGGCACCGGGUGGUGGAUGUGGAUUUCUCGGGUGCAUACUACUGCGCCCGCGUUGCUGGUGCGAUCUUCCGGAAACAAGGGUCAGGUAACAUGAUCUUCACGGCGUCCAUGUCGGGCCACGCAGCAAAUGUUCCCCAGCAGCAGGUUAGCUAUUAUAUUUCGGUACUUGGAAGGAAGGAGAACUCGGCUAACCAUAAAAAGGCUUGCUACAACGCUUGCAAGGCAGGAGUUAUCCACCUGGCUAAGUCGCUCGCUGUGGAAUGGGCUGGGUUUGCCCGCGUUAACUCCGUCAGUCCUGGUUAUAUCGACACACCCAUUAGUGGAGGUUGUCCAUUUGAGAUGAAGGAGGAAUGGUAUAACCUCACACCACUCAAACGGGAUGCUGACCCACGCGAGCUGAAGGGUGUCUAUCUGUACCUUGCAAGUGACGCCAGUACCUACACAACAGGAUCGGAUAUCGUCGUCGAUGGAGGAUACACAUGCCGGUAA